AUGCUGUCACAAUACCCUUGCAUGCGUUCUCCCGACGAUUAUCAAUACUCAGGACCGCCAGGGUCUACUGGUGAUGACGGUGGUGAUAAGCAGCCUAGAAAGCGAGGAAGACCGAUGAAGUCCAGCAGACCAUCUGGGGGUGUCCCCGAGCCCGUUGGCCAGGGCCCCGUUGCGCCGUCUAUCCAGCAGACACUUCCACCACAGACACCACAGAAUCAGAGUGCUCCUCUCCCUCUCCCGACACAGAAAUCCACGUAUGCCCCCGCGCCUGCGCCCGCCCCCGCAGCCACGCCUCUCCAGGCUUCGCCGCCCAAGACGACCCCGACCAAGACGACCCUGAAAGCCCUUCCGACCGUUCGCGACCACACAACCGACCAGCUUGGCCCUGGCGGAGAUGAAUACUUGCCGAGGGAGAUUGAUGAGGCCGGUGAAAAGAAGGUUAUGCCAAAUGGGCAGCUUACCGGAAAUCGUGAAUACAGAUGCCGAACGUUCUUAGUACCCAACCGAGGCGAUAAGCUUUUCAUGUUGGCCACCGAAUGUGCCCGAGUUCUCGGCUACCGCGACUCAUACCUGCUCUUCAACAAGAACAGGUCACUGUACAAGAUCAUAGCGAACCAGGAGGAAAAGGACGACCUUGUGAACCAGGAGAUCUUGCCUUUCUCGUACAGGUCGCGCCAGAUUGCCAUCGUCACGGCCCGCAGCAUGUUCCGUCAGUUUGGUAGUAGAGUUAUUACCAACGGGCGCCGCGUCAGAGACGAUUACUGGGAAACAAAGGCACGGAAACAAGGCUUCACCGAGGCUGAUCUGGCCGGGGAGAAGAGACCUGGGGGAACCAAGGCCCGGGAAGCAGCCGCCGAAGCCAACCAGAACUCCAUGCUCGGAGGACCUCACGGGGAGAUCAUCUACAACACGAACCCAGGCCCCUACGGCGCCCCGCAGCCCCUCGUACAACCAGGUAUGAUUGGACCGCCGCCAGCAACCUCGACCAGAAUGCCCGUAAUAACACUAGGACCAGAUUACAAUGAUACCAGGAGCCGGGACUACUCGACUAUUCUGAAGACUGGCCCGCGACAGGAGAUCACUGGUCCUCCGUACCAGGACCGGACUCAGACUACACCUCUGUCUGAUCUGCACGCCCAAGCUCACCAUGCAGCCGAGUUCAACCGGGCCGUUAACCAGCAACGUGAGAUGCGUGGUGAAUACCUCCAAACCUUGUGGCGGAGGCCUCACGAUCAAGCCACUGCCGCGAAUCUAGGCCAGCCGGUCGGCUCCGAGGCAUCUGCUGUCCCUACCAGCCGGCCAGCCGCAUCGUCUCAUGCCCCUAGUUCUGGUUUACAGCAACCUGCCAUCGUGCCAAACCAGAGCCCUCAAAUGAUGAUGACGGCGGCACCCUACUCGCAGCCCAUCCAUGCACAGGCUUCGGCCAGUCAAGGUACAAUGAGAGGUAUGGCUCCAGCUCCAGCUCAGAACAGCUCGAAGGCAACAAACUCUUCGUCAGCUCCUAGCGGAAGCAUGCCACAACCCGGUCAGAACUACGGUUAUACAAAUUCACAGAUGUGGCCCCCGACGCCCCAGACGCCGCAGCACAGCUACUCAGCCUACACUGCCCAGCCCCAACAGCCCCAUUCUCAGCAAUCCCCUGCUCCUCAGUUGCGACACUCGGGUUCAGGAAGCCAGGUUCAGCCAAACAACAUGUCUUACUCGACCAUGCCCAGCAUGAACCAAGGCUAUGGUGCUCCCUCACAGGGGAUGUACUCUGCUGAAACUCCGCGCCAAUACAUGCACCAGCAGAGCGCGCCAUCCCCGGCGGUUUCGCAGCCUUGGACCCAGCAACAGCAAACUGCUACGUGGUGGUCCAAUCAACCACAAUAG